CCAUAUCGCCUUCGACCUCAGAAACAAAACCCUAGACAGAGUAGACACAGAGAGAGAGACUUCUUCUAGAGCAUUCCAUUCUAGAGAGAGAGAGGUGUCUGGUUUUCGAAUGGCGGAGCACUUGGCGUCGAUCUUUGGGACGGAGAAGGACAGGGUGAACUGCCCAUUCUACUUCAAGAUCGGGGCAUGUAGGCAUGGCGAUCGCUGCUCCAGGCUCCACACCAAGCCCUCGGUCAGCCCCACCCUCUUGCUCUCCAACAUGUACCAGCGCCCCGAUAUGAUCACCCCCGGUGUCGACGCUCAGGGCCACCCCAUCGACCCCCGUAAAAUGCAGGAGCACUUCGAGGAUUUUUAUGAAGACCUGUUUGAGGAACUGAACAAAUAUGGGGAGAUUGAGAGCCUAAAUGUUUGUGACAACCUGGCUGACCACAUGGUGGGUAAUGUGUAUGUUCAGUUUAGGGAGGAAGAACAUGCCUCAAAUGCCCUAAAAAAUCUGACUGGAAGAUAUUACGCUGGUCGGCCCAUAAUUGUUGACUUCUCACCAGUGACUGAUUUUCGUGAAGCCACAUGUAGGCAAUAUGAGGAGAAUGCCUGCAAUCGUGGCGGGUAUUGCAACUUCAUGCAUCUGAAAAGGAUCGGCAGAGAGUUGAGACGCCAGUUGUUUGGGAGGUAUCGCCGAAGGCACAGCCCCAGUCGGAGCCGAAGCCGAAGCCGAAGUCCCUAUAGGCAUCGCAGUUAUGAUGACGAGCGCACUCAUGGAAGUCGUGGGCACAGUAGAAGGUAUGAUGAGAGGGAUUACCACUAUGAGAGUAGUAGCAGGCGGCGCAGGACCACUAGCCCUGGCCAUAGUAAAGGUCGGAGCAGGAGCCCAGGGGAAAGAAGGAACCGGAGUCCAGUUAGGGAAGGAAGUGAAGAGAGACGUGCUAAAAUUGAACAGUGGAACAGGGAAAGGGAACAGGCAGAACAAGCUAAUAAUACUAAUACCGAUGGUUCCAACUACAACAAUGAAAGCAAGGACAAUGGGUUCAUGCCACAAGGAGAUGAGUACUAUGGAAACCAGCAGCAGCAGCAACAUGGUGGAUAUGGAUAUUGAUCCAGUUAGUAUUAUCUGGUUCGUACUCCCACUUUCUUGUGUGUCGUGAUUUUUGGGUGUUCAUUUGAUGGAGAGUUCCAUUUUUCUUGGAAAAAUGAAAGAACCAACACAGUCAACAAGUAUAGCUUACUCCAUUUUCCACUAUGCAGGUGGUGUGCAGGUUCACUGUCUAUGAUUCGAAAAUUUUGCCUCAUUUCUUUUUCUUAUUGGUUGUCUAAUUGCUUUUAAUGUGCUUGAUUUUUGUGCUUGCAUGCAUGGUGUUCUAUCGCCAUCCUUUUCCCUUUUUUCAGUUGUCUUUUACCUUUCUCAACGGUUCUCUAUAUUACUGGCUUUGUUUCUCUUUCUUCCAAAGUUCUCUCGUCAAAAGUGGUCCUCCCCUCCCAGUUCUUAUAUACGCCUACUUCCUGGGUUGUUUAUGUGGAGUACUUUGCAGUUAGGUUGCGUAUUCUGAUGUAUUUUGAAUUUAUUAACACAUGUAUUUUGAAUUUAUUAACACAUCCUUCGGAACUUGGAUUUUUAACCACUGAUGAUACCUGCCUUGUAAGAGCAUCCCCAUUGUAAUAAUCAAAUUGGUAUCGAUAAGCAAACUUAACAACACUGCUAAAAAAACACCUCACAUUAUAAUAAGCAAAGUUACAAGUCUUUUAGCAAAUAAUCAAAUUCCACUCAUUCCAUAACCAAACUUAACAACUUUUACCAAUAACCAAAACUCAAUAACCAAACCCAAUAACCAAACUCAAAACUCAAUAACUAAAAAAUACCCCACAUUAGAAUCGUCUCAUCGAGACGAAUAAUUUGGUGUGGUUGGGUGCGUGAUUGGAACUCGUUUGCUAUUGGACAUAGGUGCAUUGUGUAUUGUGGGGUUUUUUUUUUUUAUAGGGAUGCAAAAAUGACCAAUGUGGAGGUAAAGGUUGUUAAGUUUGAUUAUGAACUAAAUGGAUAAUCAAAUGCUGACGUGGCACAUUUUGGUUAUUGAUUUUGAUUAUUCCCAUUGCUAAGGGAUCACCUUAAAGCAGUAUCCUCCCCCCCACACAUUGUUCCCGUCCUUUUUGACCACUACUGAAAAGCAUGCACAUCUUUCUGUUUGUAUGCUUUUAUUGUGUGCGCGUUUGAAUCUUUGCUUGCAGUCAGGUAAUCCGUGACCACCGCACUUUCCAGGCUAGUUAACAUGGAAAUUUUCAUGCUGUUUCAUACCGGGUUUUGUUUUCUAUCAACUUUUUCUCUUUUUUAAGUUAUGAUCUUACAUGUAUUACGAGUUUUCUAUCAACUUUUUCUCUUGUUUAAGUUACGAUCUUACAUGUAUUACGAGUUUUGCAGGUUCAGGUAGCCCUGCUUCUAAGGACCGAGGACUUAAUUUUUCAUUGCGGCUUACAUUAGAAUUUUUUACAGGUUUCAUGCUGUGACAGAGGAUCUAACUGGGUUUUGCAGAUCACCUUUGAAAGUUUUCUGAAAUGUCUUCUUUGAGUCAGGCGAAGAAAUGUUCUUGAAGGUUACUAGUUUAAUAAUGGUAUUCUAGGUUAAUACAAGUCAGGAAUUGUGGUGUUAGUCUUUUCCUUUGUUGGACGAGUGAGAAUAUUGUACUGCUGAGGAUGAGUAUAACCGUGUUAUGGAUGUUUGUAAUCAGUGUCAACUGUUCGUUACCUUCUAUAUUCCUUUCUAGAAAUUGUGAUUGAUGGUUCUUACUUUU